CCCGCAGCCGACUCUCCCUUCGGGAGGGAUUUGCAAGGCUGGAGCACAAAGAGCGCUUGUUGCCCAGUCUCCAGUAGUCUCCCAGUGCUCCCACUAGCUGGGGAGGACUGGUUACCAUGGAGGCUGCCAUCUGUUCGCUCCCCGCUGGAAUGUGAUUAUCCAUGCUGGGUUGGGAACCGGCACGAGCAGGGGAGCGUGUGCUGGCUGCAAUUAUCUGCAAUGGAGUGUGGUAAUGGAAGGCUUGAAUGAGCGAGCUGAAGCAGCACAUAAAAGGAUUUUACCAAAACUGUUAAUGUUUUCUAGCCAAGAGGAGUAAACGUGGCUUUUUGCAAGGCAGCAGCAUCUGUCCAAAGUCCUUAAUACUGUCUAGAUCUUGCCCAGCAAGUGCCACAACCAGGCUAGUCGAGCAGAAUGUACACAAUGAAGCGGCUCAGGGAAUAAAUGGAAGUGUGCCAGUCAAACAGUCCCCACGUUCAGCCUCAAAUCCAAAGCCACAAGUGCCUCCAAAGCCACUUCAUCUGCAGAAGCUAUCACCUGUUACAUACCAAACCUCUAGGCAUAAAGCUUUAUCAAGUCAGAAGCCAAGAAUGGAGGAAGAUACACCUACUCCAGUUUCUAGUGUCACAAAAGAAAAGCCCAGUAAAGUGUCAGAUCUCAUCCAUCGUUUUGAGGGAUGCAGCCCAUUCAGUCCUAUUGACUUGAAAAAAGAUUCCUCUGCUCUCAACGUCUCUAAAUCUCAAGGAAGAUAUGGGUCAACACCAUCACCUCAGCCAAAACUCCCCUCCCAACACCCACUACUAAAACAGGGAAACAGUAAUACCGACAAAACUCAGGUUGCACAGACACACACAGCCAAUGGAGUAGUAGCACAAGACCAGGUGGAACGUGAGGACAGAAGGAUUCUUGACCGUGAUUCUACUGUGUCCACCCUGGUUCCAGAUAAUUCAAUCAACAGCAGCUUGAUAAAUGGAGAAAGAGUAAGCACAUCCAGAGAUUCACUGGAAACUACAACUUCCUAUGAAGGAUCAAUAAUUAACAGCUGCUACAGGACUCCAAGCAGUGAUACACUGCUCCCAUCUGACAAUGAAAUUAAUACUAAUGUGGAGGAAGAACCGAAUGAGGAAAUCAUCAAACAAGAUCAACCUGUAGAAACAAAGGAGACAGAUGAACAGAAACGUCAUAAAAUUGCCAGUGAACUUCUGCAAACAGAAAAAGCCUAUGUCAGCCGACUUGACCUCCUAGAUCAGGUAUUUUACUCCAGGCUCCUUGAAGAAGCCAACAGAGGUUCUUUUCCAGCUGAAGUGAUUAACAAAAUCUUUUCUAAUAUUUCAUCAAUAAAUGCCUUCCACAGUAAAUUUUUACUUCCAGAACUUGAGAAAAGAAUGCAAGAAUGGACUACGACCCCUAGAAUUGGAGAUAUUCUGCAGAAGUUAGCUCCUUUCCUCAAGAUGUAUGGAGAGUACGUGAAGAAUUUUGAUAACGCAAUGGAAUUGGUGAAAACAUGGACUGAACGGUCACCUCAAUUCAAAUUCAUUAUUCAGGAAAUUCAGAAGGAAAAAGUGUGUGGAAGUUUGACAUUGCAACAUCACAUGCUAGAACCUGUACAACGCAUUCCACGCUAUGAGAUGCUUCUAAAGGACUACCUAAGGAAAUUGCCUCAGGACUCCCUAGACUGGAAAGAUGCUGAAAAAUCCCUUGAAAUUAUAUCCACUGCAGCAAGCCACUCUAAUAGUGCAAUAAGGAAAAUGGAGAAUCUAAAGAAAUUGUUAGAGAUAUAUGAGAUGCUGGGAGAAGAGGAAGACAUUGUGAACCCUUCAAAUGAACUGAUAAAAGAAGGACAGAUCCUUAAACUUGCUGCUCGCAAUACAUCUGCUCAAGAACGGCACCUUUUCCUAUUUAACAACAUGUUGCUCUACUGCGUCCCCAAAUUCAGCUUGGUGGGAUCAAAGUUCUCAGUUCGAACCAGAGUUGGCAUAGAUGGUAUGAAGAUUAUAGAAACUCAUAAUGAAGAAUACCCACACACUUUUCAGGUGUCUGGAAAAGAGCGAACGCUGGAGUUGCAGGCCAGUUCUGAACAAGACAAGGAAGAAUGGAUAAAGGCACUUCAGAAUACCAUAGAAGCUUUUCAGCAGAGGAACGAAACUUUCAGAAAUGCUAUUGCUAAGGAAUAUGAAGACAUGCCUGUGGAGGUUUCUAACGCUGAGCUUGGGAAGAGAGCACCGAGGUGGAUCCGAGACAAUGAAGUAACCAUGUGCAUGAAAUGCAAGGAGCCCUUCAAUGCACUGACAAGAAGGCGGCACCACUGUCGAGCAUGUGGACAUGUGGUUUGCUGGAAAUGUUCUGAUUAUAAGGCACAUCUUGAGUAUGAUGGCAAUAAAUUGAAUAAAGUUUGUAAGGACUGCUAUCAUGUUAUAAUGGGUUGUACUGAUAGUGAGGAAAAGAAGAAGAAAGGCAUCUUGGAGAUUGAAUCUGCUGAAGUCUCUGGAAAUAGUGUCAUAUGUAGCUUUCUUCAGUAUAUGGAAAAAUCAAAGCCCUGGCAGAAAGCAUGGUGUGUUAUACCUAAACAGGAAGCUGUUGUGCUGUACAUGUAUGGUGCUCCACAGGAUGUUAAAGCUCUGGCUACAAUUCCACUUCUGGGCUAUACAGUGGAUGACACCCCAAGAAGCGCUGACCUCCCACACAGCUUCAAACUGACCCAGUCUAAGUCUGUGCACAGCUUUGCUGCGGACAGUGAGGAACUAAAACAGAAAUGGUUAAAAGUUAUCCAUUUAGCUGUCAAAGGUGAGACACCAGAAUGUCAAAAUGAACUGCAAGUGAGUUUAGAAGAACAACCUGAAUCUUCUAGAAUGUCUGAAUGCUGAAGCUCAAGAACACGUGGUAUGUUUUAAAAAUUCAAUUGAAUUUGUGGUUAACCUUUAAGAAAGGUAACCUGUUAACCUUUCUUUGCUCAAUCAAAAAAAAAAGAAAAAACAAAACACAACUUCUUACUACCAUACAUAUCUUAGCACUUUAUGUUUGGGAAAAAUUCUGGUCUUUCUAGGGAUUUCUCUCUUAUAUUUAUGUUCUGUCAAAAAAAGUGAUGUACAGGUCCACUUCAGAGACUUUUUAAAAAUGUGAAUACUGUUAAAAAUACCUACUAACUUUACUGUACUACUUGUUGAUUGUGAUGCAAAUUUUCUUUUUUGAAAGUUGCUAUUUGGUUCAUGUUUGCUACUUUCACUAUGAGUGCAAAUAUUGAAGCUUCCUGCGUACGUAUUAGGACUUGCAACAGGAUAAAAGAUAUACCUCCACAUUGCCAAAAUAGAUCUGUAGUUAAAAAUACAGGGAUAGAUUGGUUUAAUGUAAGUAGUUUGUAGGUUGAAUUCCACAGAUCUGUACAUAUGUUGUAUUCAUUUGUUUCUUUUUAAUUAAAGUAAUGCAAAUUGCUUUUACAGGUAUACUGGCUUUUAAAGUUUCAAUUUAUCAAGGAAACGAUAUAAUAAUUUUCAGUCUAGAAAAGAAUACAUAAAAGAUGAUAAGUAUAUAAUAUAUGUACAGUAUUAAAAUGUACAAUAUUUGAUUUUUGCUCUUAUUUCCUGAGACUGGGUUCCUGUUAGUGAAUAAUUUAUUUAAAGAGCAUGUUUUCUAUUUGAAAUUAAACUGUCCUAAAUUAACAAAUACUGUUCAGUGAUUUGUUUUAAUAGCUGACACUUAAUGAUCUUGAUAUUUUUAUGCAUUAAAAAAAUAGCAUUAACGUAAGUGGCAUGCAAUGGACAAAAAAGUUCCAGUUGUGUUUAAAGGAAUAGUCAUUUUUCUUCAGUGUCCUACCACUGUUAUCUUUUAAGAGUGCAGUAGCUCAUUACUAAAAUGCAGUGCGCAGCUUGAGAUAAUCAACAGAUUCUGUUAAUCUUCUGGGAACAGGUAUUUUUGUUAUUGCGGUUAUUGGAACAAAAUAACAUUUUGAACCUAAAUAUUGUGAUUUUUGCAGAUUAGAUACUGUAAUAUUUAUUUACAACAGCGAUCUCCAGGGGUUGCUGUUGUAAUAUGGAGACUGCUUUAUAUGCAUUUAGUAUGAAAUAUGAGCCUGCAAAUCUCGAGGAAGGGAAGUAUAUGAAUUCUACAAUCAACUUCUCAUGAGGGCAGCCAGGAGGUGUUACUUCUCAAUUUAACUGCUGUCUGUAUUUUAAAACAUGAGAAGCUGAAGAGCUCAGGCUCAAGCCCAGUUUUGUUGGUAACAUGAGGGCAGCUUUCAGUGAUCACUUUUUAUAAUGAGAUUUCCAAACAAAGUAUUGACUAAACUCCCACUUCACUCUUUUUUCAACACUAGAAAUAAAUACUCAUUUUACUUAGCACUUAACGCAGGAUUGUUAGAGUAAGCUUUGCUUUUAGCAUUGUACAUACCCGAGUACACAAUACUUGCCAUUCUUCAGUAAGAAAGUCACAACUUCAUGUUAGUGGGCUGGAUUUUGCUCUCACCUGCACAAAUCCAAAAUUUACAAUGGCUUUUUGACUUCAAAGCUUUACGCUAGUGCUGGUAACAAUCAGGAUAGCAUUGCAUUGCAGGAUGCCGACUCUGCAGCUUACUGUGCACGUCAGUUCUGAAUUCCUCCUUGGGUGCUCUACGUGUUCAGAUUACUAUGUUUGUGAUCCUAAUAUUGUUUUUAUCUGGUGCGCAAGCUCUUCUGUAAUUCUUUGCGAGAUUUUAAGUUGCUUCUCCUUCCAGCUGUAUUCACCUUUAGUUAUGGGCAGCUUAAGGUGUUUAGGAUUUGUGUUGGUAAGCUCCAUCAAAUCUUCACUUGGGUCUCUCUAGCUCGUGUGAUAUGUCUCGUGUAUGUCUUGGCAAGGGAUAGGGUAACAUUCAUACAGGCAGGGAGAACUCUCCAUGGUCUGAGAAAGGGGGUGUUUUAUGAAAGAGUCUCCAAUGCACGUGUGGGAUCUGCAGGGUCACCUUUUUAUACAGCCUCAUGUAUAAAAGCAUUACUUCCUACGUUCAUGUUGUUGAGGGGUGAACUUGCCUUAAAAGAGACCCCAGAUAAGAUGGAUUGAAUUAUGCCCAAUAUGGUGAAACAAUAGCAAUCAUUUAGUACAUUCUGUACUCAAAGCUCUUGCGAAUUUAAUUCUGAGCCAAGCAGGAAGUCCUAUUUUCAGCUAAAUGAUUAGGAGAACAUUAGAAGCAGCAAUUUCUGGGCUGCUUUAUUGUUAUAGUGGUAUUGACUAUCUGAAGCUGCUUCAGUGGUUUCAGUGUAUCCCAGAUUAAGCUCUGCAUGUGGACAUAUAAUGUGGAAUUAAAUUAGCAUCGGUAGUUACUUAUUUGGAUUUUAGCUUCAUGUUUUAUUUCAGCAAUUAAUGUUUAUACAGGAGAAUAUUUUAUUUACUCUUGCAAAAACUCAUUCAUGUUCUCUUAACUGCUUGGUCAGAAUUACUACGUCCUGACUCAGAAGAUAACAGCACUCAAAUGUCUGAAUGUUCUGUGUAUGAGAAGUUGCUUCCAGAUUUAACCACCUUUAUGCCAUUCUCCACAGAUCAACUCCCUACGUGCAAUAUCCAAAGCUUUUUCUUUAAAUUAUAACUGCAAAGGGAAACAUUUUAAGUACUAAGCACUGUGGCUUAAGCGUCAUGACCAAAGCAGUCAAAGCCAUUGUUCUGAUAUGGUGCAGGCUGUUCCCUUUUCAGCUGGUUUCUGGUUUUUUUUGGUUGGUUUCUUUUGAGUAUUUAUUAGCAUAAAACUAUGUGUAUGAGGAAAAGAAAACAUAACUGAGCAUUCAUUCAUAAUAUAUGAACGUCUGUGAGUCGCUCUGCUGCAUUAUUUAAACUUUGUCAUUCUCGUGUUCAGGAAGUGCUCACUUCUAGCUGAAAGAGAUCAGCCUGUAGUGCAGUUUGAAACAGGUGAAGUAGUUUUGUGUGCUUUUGUCUGUGUUCAGACAGAACAAUGGCUUAAUUUUUAUCAUGAUAUUUGUUUGGAGCAUAUUAUAUUUUCAUAAGGAUAUGAUAUUUUUCCCCCUGCUAUAGAAAAAAUAAUGUAUUAUGAUGUCUGCACCAUUAUUCCAGGUCCACUAAAAUUGUCUUCUGGUAUCAGGCAGUUGUGCUUAGUUGAAGAGCUGCUGUAAAACUGAUAGCAUCUAGUACUUUCAGAUCCCUUUACACUGAAUAGUUCUGUUUCUUCCAAACGGUGUUUAAUUUUUAUGUAUAAAACAGAUAUUGAGAAUAAAAAAACAUUAUCUUCUAUUUGGAGCAGAAUAUUCAACUGUUUAAAUGCAUGUAAUAUGGUGGCACCUUUUUAUGCAAAACUAUCUUCAAGUGCUUUAUAAAUCUCCUUGAAAUCCCUUUUAUAUAAAAGAGGCUUAUUAUUCUUCACGUUUUUAAAAUAUGGAUGAAGCUAAGGCAUGGAUUAAAAGUAGAAUAAAUACACUACCACUUGCGUAAGUUUUAGAUGAGGUCAAGAAUAGAUGCAUAUUCUGAAGAGUUCUGAGUGGAGUCAAGAGAAAAAAGAUAAAUAUAUAUACACUUUAAAAAAAUGAUUGGAAAGGAUGUGGAAACAUCUGGCAGAUUCUUGGGGAUUCAUUGUGUUUUUUGUUUUUUUUGUUUUUUCUUUUAACUACUUCUCACCAAACAACUAAUAUAAAAACUGGGCAGCUUUUCACGUCGUGAUUAAAUAAAAUGAACAAAUGGCGGUGGUUCCUUAUACUGAAGAAAAGGGAUUUCAAGAAAAAAAAUAGACAUUCCAUGUAGAAAUAAUUCUAAGCAAUAAAAAAAGAGCUGUAUAUGUAAAUAUAUUUCAUGAUCCUUAGCGGGUGUGAACUAGCAUAUACCUGCUAGAGCUAGUAUACCUGCAGAGAUUUAAAUACACGUGGAAUCUACUUUACAUUCUAUAAAGACAUGGGUGGAAAAUCAGUAUUACUCCACUUUUAGGCCUGCUGACUUCCUAUAUCUCAUCUGGAAUCACAGUGCUCAGCUGAACAUCAGAGGGGUUUCACUUGGAGAUAAUUGGUGUAGGGGUGAGUGGAGACAGCUGAUCAUUAAAAAGUGAUUGGAGAAAAAUAAUUCUGUGGCAGAGUCAACUAUCCUAAGAUAAAUCCAUUGGUGACAUGGGGAUCAGUCUUAAUCUGUGGUGUACUCUUAUUCAAAAUCUGAAUGGAGAUAUAUGGAGCUAUAUUUUUUCUUCAUUCUGUGGCCCUGUUGGUGUGAGGAACACACUUAUAGCUGACCUAUAGGACUCUAGUGAAGCAUGUGUCGUGGAUGAGAAUUUUAAUCUGCUAGUCAGAUUGCUUCCUAAAUUCCAUUAACAGAUCAUUCUAGUAACUUAAUUAUUGUAUACGAAUGCAUAUAUAUAUACACAUAUGUAUCUGUGUGUAUAUGUAUAUGUGUGUGUAUAUAAUAUUUGAAACUAUUAUUCAUAAGACCUGCUUCAAGCAGUACUUUACAAUCAAAAAUACACUGGUGCAUUCAAAGUAUAAUCUCUAUUGACUGCGUUGAGUAUGCUUUUCAGGAGAAAAAAAUCAACAGAAUUAGACCUCCUUCUAUGGCACGAUUACUAAUUCCAACUAUGUAAAAACAAAACAAGAGUGAAUCCAGGAAUGCAUUCAGUCUGCUUCCCAUUAAACGCUGUGAUUACAAUUAGGCCCAGAUUCAUCCAUGGCAUUCUGCUUUCAUCCCUUCAUCCUAACACAAGUGAAUGUAGAAUGUAUUUUCUCUCUAUUAAAAUUUCAGCAGAUUUCUAUCAAUAAAACGAAUUUUCAGACCCUGUGUAACACCAGCCUACGUUGCUUUAGAGUUCAUCCUUUGUAGAUUCAUUAAGCAUGGUAAAAAUAUUCAGGAAAAGUGGGGGAAUUGUGUCAAAGCAUUUUUGCAAUAAUGUGCCCUAAGAAUUUCAAGAAAGAAGGCGGAUUUGUUGGAUGCAAGGAACUGUUUGCAAUAGAAAUACUGUUUGUCUUUUUCUAUUAGCACGUUCUCCAUUCUACAGCACUCAAGGCAGAUUAAUACGUUACUUUUAGUGGGAGCUGGAUCAGCUGUAAUGUGACAUCAGAAUUACAGGCUAUGCACUGUAAUUCCCCUUUAUGAUGAAAACAUUAUUUCUGGUUUUAAUUGAGAAAACACUUUUUGUUUGUAAAAAUAGUAAUAUUUGGAAGAGGUGUACAUUUAUUCUGGUUUUGCAGUAAACUGAAGAAUAUUUAAAAGGUGAGAUUUAAAUGCCAUUCGAAGUUGUGCAAAUGUAAGUGGUCAUUUUUAUGGUCAAAAAUAUAUGAAUGUAAAAUAAUUGCAGAUAUUGUAUAUAUGUUCUGUAAUAUAUGUAUAUUUGGUUUUAAGGUGGGUGGAAAAUUGUAAAAAGUAAGCACUUUAAUUUCCAUUGAAUACUUAGAAAAAAAAAUCCUGUAAAAUAAAAGCAUCAUUAAAUAAGUA